AUGGCAUUGCCAACAAGGCAAAUGCAUACUAAUUUAGUCCUAAGACAAAAGCAUUUUUCAACCAUAUCCAACGAGAUUUCGCCGGAAGGCUCGCUCAAAAUGGAGAAUAAAAGGCACAAUCUUGAUCCAAGUAACAACAAUCGUUCGGGUAUGUAAUUUUAGUAAUUUUAAAGUCUAGACAAAGAAAAAUAUUUGAAAUUUGAGAUGAACUUUGGGCACCCCAAGCAUUUCAAAAUGUCAAAAUUGUAACACAUACUGUUGCUUUUCAUUUGGAAGUCAGCGUAAUGGAUCAUUUAGAAUAAGUUUAGAAUAACCGUGUUAGGCACCAAGAACCAUAAUGGAGCCAUGAAAUGUCAAAAAAUAUAUUGUACAUUAAUUUAAUAAUAGUAAAACAAAGUGUCCCUUGUCUGAAAGAAAGAUGUCUUGUACACGUUGCCAAGGAAUGCAAAUCUAUUUGAGGAAUGUUUACAAAAUGUUGUCAAUUAAUGUGACAUGUAAUAAAUAUAAUUUUUUAAUUGGUUAUGGUAGCAAAUUCUGACAAAGCUAAAAAUUUAAGGUUGUACUUUAUAGGCAUUUUAGAGGUUGUUCACUUGUUUGUAUAUUUUUCUACGUUUGACAUAUUGUAACCAUUAACACACGUCACACGCCACCACCCAGAAAGGUUGACAGGACAAAUUAAUAUUUAAAACAGGUUUAAUAUUGCCCUGAUUUUUACUAGAGGAAAUAUGGUCUGUCUGGACAGAAUUUGACAGAUUGACAUAUCAACUGCCAAGACUAAGCCAACUGCCAUUGACCACUUUAUUAACUGUGAACAGAAUACUAUAAGCACACAUAUGAGGCAAAAUAUGCACACUGUACACAACCAGGUGGCAUGAGAUUUCCCCCCCCCCCCCGACUUGAUCUGGCUGAAUUAAUCCCUACAUGAACCCCACAUUUGAGAAAAUACCGAAUUAACCAUUAUCCAUUUUUAGGUUCAAAUGGAAUCUUCAAUAUGAAGUCAAUGAGUUUGAUAAUCCUUACACUUCAGAAUGCUUCGCUCAUCCUAACGAUUCGAUAUUCACGGACAAUCGCAGGACCACUUUACUUUGCAACGACAGCCGUCGUUAUGGCAGAGACGUUUAAGUUAGUUGCGUCAUUGCUAAUUAUUCUUGCCGAGCAUAAAGGGAAUGUUGUGAACUGGGUAUCAUUUUUGCAUCAGUCCAUUAUUGGAAAUCCUAUCGAUACGCUAAAACUAAGUAUUCCAGCUUUAAUAUAUACUGUUCAGAAUAAUCUACAGUAUGUAGCUAUCUCAAACCUUGAUGCCGCCACCUUUCAGGUAAGCUUAAUAUUACAUCAUAGAAAAAUUUUAAAGUACCGUCUGUACCCCAAAUAUGAUUUUCAGUCAGUGGCGUAAGUACUAUGGGCUCAGACCAGGAGAACCCGGGGGCCCCCAACCCCAAUGGGGCCCCCAGGCUUAGGUGAUAGAGCAAAAACAUUGGCCAGGGCCUCUGAUAUGUUACAAUUUUGUUUUCUGACCAUUAGAAUUCUGUAAAAUCUCUCCCAAAGUCCAGGAAAUGGCAUUUCAGAGAGAUUCUAGAUUCAAAAAUUUUCCAGGUGAGCAUGCCCUGGACCCCCUAGAAAACUCGUGCAUAUACGGCGCUCGACUUGUGGAUUUGGCACUUCUACUAGGGGGCCUUUGAAAAUUUUGAACCAGGGGCCCCCUGAUAUAACGUUACGCCACUGUUUUCAGUAAUAGGUUUAUUAGGUUUACAAUAGGAAUUGGCACACUGUCUAUAGUGUAGACAAUUUGUGGCUAUUUCUUCAGAUUAUAAACCAAAAUAUUUCCUUCUUAUACUAAAGAACUAUCAAGGGAAAAGUUUCUUGGUUUAACAACAUAAAUUUUAAUUUUAAACAAUAUUCUUUGCUAAAUAUUUGGAUAUGAUAAAAUCUACAAAACGGCUCUCCAUAAAAAUGGCUGGUAAUGCCAUUUCAGAUGGUCUAAAUUUCAAAAUCUUUAUGGAGAGAUGCCCCUUGAACCUAUAGUACCUAGACUUCUUUCAAAACACAUCCUACUCCAAGUUCCAUUUGGAACACUGCAGUAAACAUUGUAACAUACAUUUGUCAUGCCCUUAGGUUACCUACCAAUUAAAGAUCCUCACAACAGCGCUAUUUUCUGUUGUGAUGUUGAAAAAGACACUUCAGCGAGGCCAGUGGUUUGCUUUAGUCAUGUUGUUCAUUGGCGUUGGUAUUGUACAGUUGCAACAUGGUAAAGUACAUGCAAAAUCCUCAGACACACCCACACCAGGUCCCACACGAAAACAAUAUCCAAUGAUCGGAUUUCUGGCUGUUAUUGCUUCAACGCUUUGUUCAGGAUUUGCAGGUUAGGGUUUCAAUUUUAAUCACUGACUCAUAUUGCAAUGGACCCUGAUACUUACUGGUUAGGUAUUUUAAUGUUUAAUUAUGCCAGUUUUACUCGUGCCGUUGACAAAGUGGUGGGCUUUUAUGUCUACACUAUUUGCCCAUGUCUCCUAUUAAUCAGCCUGUUAUGUGGCGAUGUGCCCUAAUGUACCUACUUUAUUAUUUUACUCUGUCUAACUCCAGACAAUUUUACUCGUCAAGUGAGAAAGCUGGCACUUGAUGGAUAAAGGCUGCUUCACACUUUGUUAUUUUACUUCUUCUAUUGCCAAAGAAUUUCACUUGUCAAAGACAAAAUGUUGCAAUAUAAAUAGUGUUACCUUAUUUUUAAUUCAGGUGUAUAUUUUGAGAAAAUUUUAAAAGGCAGCAAGGCUUCAGUAUGGUUAAGAAAUGUUCAACUAGGCAUGUAUGGUAUUGCCAUUGGUCUGGUGGGAAUGUGGAUUAAAGAUGGAGAGAAGAUCCAGGAAAGCGGGUUUUUUACCGGUUAUACAGGUUUAGUCUGGUUAGUUGUGUUUAACCAGGCAUUUGGUGGAUUACUGGUCGCAGUGGUGGUCAAAUAUGCAGACAAUAUUUUGAAGGGAUUUGCCACAUCCCUUGCUAUCAUUAUUUCAUGUUUUGUCUCUGUAUUCUUCUUCAGUUUCCAGCUGAAUUUACAGUUCAUAUUGGGGGCAGGCUUAGUUAUUUCAGCCGUCUAUCUGUACGGCAAGUCUGCAAUGACUGCGCCCAAACCACAUGAUGGUACUGCACAUCCGACGAAAAUUUAGUUACUGUAUAGAAUAAUGAUAAACUAUCUUAGUAAUAUAUUAGUUGGUAAUAUUAGGUUCUGUAACAGAUCCAUAAGCCCAUAGCAAUGUAUCAUCUGGAUAUGAUACAAAGGUUAGGGAAUUAUGAUAAAUCAUUUUUCACAAAAAAUCUCUAAAAUAACUUCAACAGUUUGCAAGUCAUAACAUUCAAAGAACACGUUUGUACUAUACUGAAUUCUGGUAUGUAAUGCCUGUUUUCCAUCCCGACCAUGUGGAAGCACCAAUUUAAUUUGAAUUAAACUUCAUAUUUGACACAAAAGAGAAUGUUUGUUUCGAUAUGGUUGAAGUGGAAAACAGGCUUAAAAUGGGCAAAAUGUAUGUGCAAAUAUCAUCUAUUUCCUCAAAUAUAUCUCAAAAAUUACUGUUGUAAAUAGCAGAAAAGGCACUUAAGUAAUAUACGGAGUAAAAUGGAUUAUAUUUGUCUUGUAAUGGUG